GUAGACGGCCGAAACAGCUAACUUCAUAUUGAAGGAUAUUGUUUACAAACAUGAACGGCGUAAACACUAUAGAUCGGACAACAAUUGUUGUUGGAGAGUUGAUUUACCCUGUCGGGAUGGUUGAUGGAUUAAUUAAUUCAUAAAUUAGCCCAAUUCAUUAAAUAUGGGCUUAAUUACCGCGAUAACGCGCGUCUUUGUGCAACUGUGGAUUUUUACAGGCAUCGUGCACAGCGAAGGAGAUGUUCGGAAAAAGGAUAUUGUUAUAGUGAACCGAGCGAUAAAGGUGACCCAGGGUCGCACCGUGUGGCUGGAUCCCUCCAGAGACCUCAGGUUGAGGGUUCGAGCCGGGAACAAUUGCACCGUGAGGGUCAUUGACAACGAUGUAAACCUCAACUAUAAACCAGGCAGACUGAGCAAAACUGAAUUUCCGUGUACAUUUACAAAUAAUGAGAUUAAGUAUACACAUUUUGGUUCAGACUCCUUCACAGAAGACCGGCUUCAUCUUUUAAUCCGGUAUGAUUCAGCCUCGCAGACCACAGUCAUUCCACUUGUUUUAGAAAUGAAAAUAGUAAAAGCACCUUACGAGAUCGUGAAAAUAAAACAGGACCUGACUGUUGAUGAUAGUUUUGAUUCCUCAUCACAAACCUUGGCUAAUGCAGUGAAUUUUAUUUUUGACAGCAGUUUACAUUCCUGCAGAGUAAGCAUUUUGCCAACUGCUUAUGGAUUACCAAUGUAUGGCAAUGUAAUCAACAGUGGACUAUCUUUAACGAAUAUUGACUGCAGUGAAUUUCAGAAAUCAGAAAUUAGAUAUAAAUUCAGCUCUCAACAAAAUGCAUUAAAUGUUGACUUUAUAGCCAUGCAUGUGCGCAUAUUCAGUAAAAACAUGUCAGAAAUAAAAGAGGAAUAUUUUCAAGUGAAAGUUAGCAUUUCUUUUGGACAUGCAAAUGCACGUCCUCAUGCGAGUCAAAACGCCUUGUUUGUAAUGGAAGGAAUAAACAAGUUUACACUGACGGCCAUAACGCCGGACAUCAUGUCUGGCGUAGAUGAUCACACUCCACCAGACCGCCUCAUUUUUAACAUCACCUUACCCCUGGGUCCGGGAGAGGGUGCCAUUGUGAACACUGAUGACCCAGAAACACCCUUGCAGUAUUUCUAUCAGAAAGAAGUGAAUGAUCUGAAAAUAGCCUACAAACCACCGCAGUCAGAUUCCAACAUCAAUCGAAUGUAUCAGUUGUGGUUCACUAUCAGGGACUCUGAGGGCCUGUCAUCUGCAGAGAUUCCUUUAAUGAUUGUGGUACAGCCGCUGAACAGUUUGGCAUCGGUAUUGACAAGGGUGAUAGGUCUGAACCUGAUAGAAGGGCAGUCAAAAGCAAUAAGUAGUCCUGAUUCGCUAGAAAUAGUCCCCGGAAAAGUUAGUGAUAGCAUUAGAAUAUAUCACUGGGAGGGAUUGCAACAUGGGCAUCUGACACUGCCAUCAGGAAAGAAGUACUUCACACCACUUGAUCUGGACCAAGGGAAUGUUGUAUACCAUCACGACAACAGUGACACCUACAGUGAUAACAUCAUUUUUAAAAUGUCUGACGGGAAUUCAGAAGUGCCGUUUCUUAUGCCAGUUAUAAUAUUUCCUAAAGAUGACACAGUUCCAACUUUGAGCCUAAACACAGGGUUGGAUGUUAUUAAGCGAGGAAUAGUUGCAGUGACAUCCUUGAGUUUGAUGGCUUCAGAUAGAGACAGUUCCACAAUAACAUUUGUUUUGGUUCCCCCAUUUUCAUCAUUAGGAAUUAUUUGCAUGAGACAAUAUGAGAUUCCAGAGAAUUCAAGUAUCUGGCAGUUUGUAAAUGGAAGUUUUGAAAGGAUAGUUUCUGGCUUUACUCAGGAUGAUAUUAUGCAGGGAAAAAUAUUUUAUAAGCAGACGGGAGUGCAUGCAAAUGUAGCCUUUACAGAUAAAAUAAAAUUUAAGCUGAAAGAUGACGCCUUCCCUCCAAAUGAAUCACCAGUCCAUGAAAUUUCCAUCCGAGUAAAACCAGUUGAUAACACUGCACCCUACAUAUAUCCAAAUACUUUAUUACAGAUUGAAGUUGGUGACAAUAGGCUUACAGAACUGCGGAAAAAGAAUCUGAGGUUCAUGGAUGAUGAAUCUAACGAUCGUGAAAUUAAAUACACCAUCACAAAAAUACCCGCAGACACAUACAGUAAUAACUCAUUUGAUUCCGGUAAGAUUGUACUCUGUGAAAGUCCAGGGAAACCAGUGGGCCAGUUUACGCAAGCAGACUUGAAUCAAAUCAAAAUAUGCUACCAACCCCCAAGCGCUGAAUUGUCCAUCAACACACGAAUAAUAAAUGUCUAUUUUAGCGUUGAAGAUAAAGCAGGUAACAAGCUUGAGAACCAGAAGUUUACCAUUGUAAUCAAACCACUAAGUGACACAGUCCCAGAAGUGGUCAACACAGGAGCAGUGAUUGAUGAGAAGGGACAGGUCGUGAUAGUAUCUGAUGUACUGUAUGCCAGAGAUAAAGAAUCUGAUAGAAAGAAUGUAAUAUUUGUAUUACAAAGUGUUCCUAAAUUUGGCAGUCUGUUUAAGGAGGGAAAGGUUCUGACUGGAACUGAUUCAUUCUCAGUGGCAGAUAUAGACAGCCAACACAUAAUAUACAGGAAAGCAGCAGUGAAUAAGCUGUAUAAUGGUGACAAGGUUGAGCUAAUCGUUUCUGAUGGUAUACAUAGAGUACCCAUUACACUAAACAUUUAUGCUGGUAGUGUCAAUAUUCCUACAAACAUGUUUGCUCCGCAAAUAAUCCAUGAUAAGCCGAUAAAUGUUGUUGAGGGACAAAAAGUAGCAAUAUCACAAAUUAACAUUAAAGUAUUGGAUGAUGAUGAUGAUUUGGGAGGAAUAGUUUGCAUGGUAAAAACACAACCAGUAAAUGGAUUCCUUGAGAAAAGGGCAAAUAAUGUUGCACAUGGGACGCCAAUUUCAGCAUUUGCUGCAGAAGAUAUCAACAGGGGCGACAUUUGGUAUGUUCAGAGUGUACACAAGGGAGUUGAACCUGUGACAGACAAGUUAUGGCUUCAGUGUUCGGAUGGCAAGCAAAACGGGAAAGAAAGAGUUAUAGACAUUGUUAUAGAGCCAGCCAAUGAUGAAGUACCGGAAGUACUGGUGAAAGUGUUUACUGUGUCUGAGGGUAUGGAGAUGCGGAUUGACCAAUCAGUGCUGAGUGUGACAGACGCUGAUGUGCCAUUUGACAAUUUGACAUUUAUAAUCACCAGACCGCCGAACCAUGGUCGAAUAGUUAAACAGCUGGUCACAGGUGACAAGGCCACAAACAACUUCACUGUCGCAGAUAUCCAAGAACUGUUGGCUAUAGCAUAUGAGCAUGAUGGUUCAGAGACCACAGGAGAUACAUUUGAAUUUGUGUUGACCGAUGGUGUACAUAAUAUCUCAACUGAAGUGGUGAUUAUAAUUUUUCCCGUUAAUGAUGAAGCCCCUCGAUUGGCUAUUAACACAGGCAUGCAGAUAGAUGCUCUAGGGGACAAAAAAACUAUUACUAAUGAAAUGCUUAAAGCUGAGGAUAUAGACUCGGCAGUAGAUGAUCUGAGAUUCGUUCUUCGAUCCAUCCCUGAGUAUGGGGCAUUGAUUAAGAUAGUGUCCGACAAAGAACAAGCCCUUACAUAUGGCUCAAACUUUACCCAAUAUGACAUAGAUAAUAAAGUGCUGGCUUACAAUCAUUUUGGUAAAUAUGCUAAACGGGACUUGAUCACUUUUGAUGUCUCGGAUGGUCUGAACUCGUUGGUUAAUCAGCAUUUCUAUGUGACUAUUAAAGGCAUGGGAAGCUUGUAUCCAGAGAUUGUGAAUUUAGGUAUUGACUUGCAAAGAAAUGGAAUGGUGGUUCUUGCAUCAGACAUUCUUAAAGGCUGUGAGGUUGAUUUACAUGAAGAAAACUUGGAAUUUAAAGUAAGCAAAGCUCCAAAAUAUGGGCAUUUGGAAAUUGCAAAUAAAGCGAAAUCGGAAGUGUUAAAAUUUUCAUCUAUAGAUUUGCUAUCAGAUCAAGUUAUCUAUGUCUCUAACCCAGAUAUUGUUGAAAUGAAAAUGGACAGCCUUGAAAUCGAAGUUAAGGACAGUAAACACCCGUUUCCAUGUACGUACAAAAUUGCCUUGAAUUCUAUUGAAAACAGUUUGCCUGUUUUGUUGUUCAAGACAAUCCUGUUAGAAGAUGGUGAGAAUAAAUUGAUAACCGUAGCCGAACUUCAGGCUAUGGAUCAUGACACAUUAGAUACUGAUAUAAUAUUCACAAUAACGCAAGUUCCUCAACAUGGAAAUAUCCUUAGAAAUUACUCUCAAAUAGUAACAAAGUUCUCACAUUAUGACAUACAAGAAGAAGUCAUAAGUUACCAACACGAUGGAAGUGGAACACAUUCUGACAGUUUCACUUUCACUGUGAGCGACGGGAUGCACCAACAAUUUCUAGUUCUAGGCCUUGAUCUACCAACGAAGAAACCGCAGCAAAUGAACAUUGAAAUAAUACCAGUGGAUACCAACAAACCCGGUGUGAAAGUAAAUACUGGGACAACUUCACUGAAAAUGGUCAGCAGUGAAAGUGUGUUUCAGUUCUCCAGCCAGAGCCUGUAUUGUGAGGGACCUAACACCGAUGCACGAGAUCUACGGUACUUCAUAACUGUGCAUCCCCAGCAUGGCUAUCUCAAGAAUUCUGCCAGUGGGAAUGCUGCUAUAGCAACUUGGACACAAAACGACAUUGAUGAAGGGCGGAUACAGUAUGUCUUGUUCAAAGGGGACAAUGCUACCAGUGACAGCUUCUUCUUCAAGGUCAUAGACAAAGAUGGCCGUGCACUGGAGAACCAGCCAUUCCAGCUUCAGUGGUGCUGGGUCAGCUUCCUUGAUGACCGUAUCCGUGGAAACGAGACCCAGGAGGUCAUAGAGGUCACGGUGCUACGCACGGGAUACUUGGGCCACACCAGCGCUGUCACCUUGGAUAUCACAGAAGGUAGCGCCUCCCUGGGUCAGGACCUGUCACGGCAGUUCAUGAAGCAGGUCACAUUCAGUCCAGGUCAGAGCGAGAGGCAGUGGCGUGUGGCCUUAAGAGAUGACACAAUCUUUGAGAGGGAGGAGACUGUUACCCUUCACCUGACCGACCCCCAAGGGGCGCUGCUGAGGGAUCCACGGUUUGCCACGGUGGCCAUUCACGACCCAGAAGACGAGUCCAGCCUGUAUUUCUUGGAGACGCGGAUGGUAGCCAUGGAGAAUGACAGCGUUGUUGACAUCACUGUACAUCGAGACGGGGACCUGUCAAAUGACCUUUCUGUACUCUGCUACACAAGGAAUGGGCGUGCCCAGGGUACUGAAGGUGACAAGGCAGACAGCAGUUCUGACUUUGUGUCUCGCCUCCAGGUAGCCACCAGUGUGAUCAGAUUUGCCAAGGGAGAGAACCAGCGUGUGUGCAGAGUGACAGUUCUUGAUGACUCUCUGUAUGAGGAGGCUGAAAACUUCUAUGUAAUAUUGGCGGAUGCAGUAGGGGGUCGCAUUGGCAAGAUUUCGCAGGCAGAGAUUAUAAUUGCAGUGGACCCUGCUGAUGAGCCGGAAUUCUACUUUGCUGAGUCCAGGUACCAGGUGGACGAGGGUGGUGGUUCCCUGGAGGUGAAGGUGUGGAAGACGGGAACAGACCUUUCCCAGCCCUCAAGUGUCACCGUACAGUCACGCAGUGGAGGGACCCAACCCGCAGAAGAAGGUGUCGACUACAUUUCUGUGAUGAAGAUACUAGACUUUGCCCCUGGAGAAAUGACCAAGACGCUUCGGGUCACCAUACUUGAUGACCUUGCCAGUCCCCGCCUUGAGGGCCCAGAGACUUUUCUCCUAGACCUUCAGAUCCCUGUAGGGGGUCACCUGGCCGAGCCACGUAGGACUGUCAUCACUAUUAACGACUCUCUUUCCGACUUACCGAGGAUGCAGUUUGAGGCUGCAGAGUACCUGGUGCUGGAAAGUGAGCCCCACAUAGUUGCCGUGAUUACCAGGGUCGGGGACCUGAACAGCAAAUCACAAGUGAGGUGUUACACCCAGUCUGUCACUGCCCAGAGUGGACUGGACUUUGUAGAGCGGCCUGACACCGACCAGUCUCUAGUGGUCUUCUAUUCAGGUGACAUGUCAGCCGAGUGCGUUGUGCAGCUAGUUGAGGAUUCUGUGCGUGAGCAAGAGCAGAGUUUCCGACUGGUGCUCAGUGCACCGUCCAGCAGUCUGCCAGGGGGAGCAACUCUAGGGGGUCAGAUGACGACUCACGUAGUCAUUGAUGAUCCACAUGAUAUCCCAAGGAUCAUGUUUGAAAAGAGCCAGUUCACUGUAAACGAGCCUAUUAUCAGGGGAGACCAGUCUGUCGCUCAUAUCCCAAUUGUGCGUCUAGGGGACUUGAGUGAAACGUCGCAGGUGCGAGUCUUCACGAGUAGUGGAACAGCCACAGCAGAGAGGGACUUUAAUUCAGUCUCAAAAGUGGUUGAGUUCGGUGCUGGAGUGAGCCGCCAACUUGUGGACGUAGAAAUCUUAUAUGAUACGGAAAGGGAGCAGAGUGAGACAUUCACGAUACAGCUGUCCCAGGACAUCAAUAUGGUUGCACUUGUUGGGCAUAACAGUCGGACUGAUGUGAUCAUAGAAGAGAAAAGUCGACUGACAAACCUUGCCUUCCCCGUACCGCCAGUGAUAAUGUCUCUGCGUGACCUUGACCUUGAACGACCUUCCAGUGAUGUCCCACAGGGGUUUCCAUUGAUCUGCAUCUCUCCAUGUGACAGCAGACAUCCCCGCUUCCAUGAGGUGAAGGGCACAUGCAGGACAAAUAGUCUCCAUGACAAUCAGACCAAGUUCCGCUGGCGUGUUGGUAGCCAUGGAAACCUGAGUGAUCUUGACUCGGACACCACUGUGACCUCUACACGGCAGCGGACCCUGGAUAGCGUCUACUUCACUGGAGGUACCGGUGUCCAGUGUUUUGCCCGUGCAGUCAGUGUGAGUGGAGAACCAGGCAAGGAGACUGGCAGUGAAGUGGUAACCAUCAGCCCCAGGGCGGGGCUGUGUCAGGGAAGGGCUGGGGCAAGGGAGGAGGUGCUUCCCUUCCAGGCAUCACUGAGAUACAUGGGUGGUGAUGAAGGCUCGAGCACUCAAAGAAUUAUUUUGACGGUGGAGGUUCCACACUUAGACGGCACUCUACCCAUAGUGUCCACUCGACAACUGUCUAACAUGGCCUUCAAAACCCCGGGGUCAAGAUCAUUGCUACACUGCAGCAAUAUUGGUUACUACGGUGAUGCUAAUGCUAAUCUUACAGGAUUUGGUUUCCAUGAAAACUUAUCCAGGUUGCCAAGUGACAGAUAUCUCUAUGGAUACAAAAUAAGAGAUGGGGUCAAUCCUGUCACAACUUUAUUCUAUAGAAAUCUAGAUGUGAAGUUGUGUCAGUGGAGGUUUGAGGCCAGUUUUGACCUGCCUACUCUGACCAGUGAGUGUGGCGGCCGUAUGGAGGUGGACAGCCAGGUGUCCCACGAGGAUCUCACAGUGCUGGUGUUGAAAGUGCCAGUGUUCUUCUCGCGACUUCAGUUCCAACCACAGACCCAUUCAGAAUGGUUACGUGUGGACAGUCACGCCACGGCACAGCUUCAAUACGUCUACACUACCCCCCUGCCUUGGCGGACUGGUUUGCAGUCAAACAUCGGCCCAUCUGGGCUAGCAGGAAAGAUGUUUCCUACCAGUAUAACUGUGGAAGACAGACGUCUCAUUGUCAGUGUUACCACAGAGACCAGUUUUAAAGGAAGAUUACUUUUGAAACAUCCAGCUGCAAACAGCACAGUGAUGUCCCUUGGACGCCCUGAUAUACGUACAGACUAUUCUGGAAAGUAUGAGAUUUCUCUGCUACCAUGGUUACCUUGUACUACAACCAGCGAAAGUCCUCAACCAAUCAGCUGCUCCCCAGUUGACCCUGUGACCUUUAACCUGCCCCUCACCUUGCAACCAAUCAGUGACCUGGUUCCUGCCCGCCUGACCCUCAACACCAGAUUAAGGCUAGUGCGUAGACGGGAGGAGUGGAUGGAAGGGGGUGGGGCUGGGCUUGUGGACCAGGGUGUGGCCUUUGCUCCAGGUGAUACAGUGUAUGGUAAACUGGAGGCCACGCCCCUUCACAAGUCUGGGGUUCUGACUGUAACCCAGGUGCUAGUGUGUCGUGGUCAGCAAGGCUACAUUCCACACUUCAACCCACAGCAGGGCUUGUAUGGGUGUGCCGGGCAGACUGAGAACCUGCACACUGUCCUCCGGAUACUGGAUGUAGAUAACCCCCAGCUGAUGGACGGUUCAUACAAUGGCCUGCACUUCAACGCAAAAUCCAGUCAAACUACCAACUCCUUCACUCACACCUCGGAUGGUUUCCUGUUUGAUCCCUCACCAUUUUUCAGGGGUGAGGAGAAGUUCCUUUGGUUUGUGCAGGUCAUCUUCUCCCUGCAAACAGACACUCUUACAACCACGUCUAGAACAAGGAAACUCCAGUCCACCGAAUCUAACAAGCGCGAGAAGGGAGCAGAUGAUGACAUACCUUGGACAGGGAGCGGCGUACGAGGCACUAACAUGGCUCUGCUGGUCCUAGAUAGGGAGGGAGAGCCUGCCAAGGAAAGGGGCAUUCAGUCAGACCAAAUCCCAUCUCAAAAUGAAGGUCAGCUGCCGAUAAUAGCUGGAUUGAUCGGCGCUGGGGUCUUGUUAUUGAUUGGUGUGUUUUUUAUUGUGAUAUACAUUCGGCAUCGCAGAAAACAGACCUCCCCACCACCCACUCCGACAGGAACAAUAACUGUGAUGUCAACAUCACCUGGACACACGAGAGUUAUCUCCAACAGUCACACUUUCAAACCUGCAAAUCAAUCAGAAGUAUGAUGUUUUACCUGUCCAGUUUGUUGUUUUUGCAGUUUUAAAUCCAAAAAGUCUUUCAUCUUGUGUUUGCCCAGUUUAAAAAAUUGGAGCGUAUUAUUGGUAUAUCUGUAGCAAGCAGGCAUUUUUGCUGGCAGGCGAUUAGGCUGCUUCCACGAGAAUGAUGUCUGUUCUAUUAGUCAAACAGUUUAAACUUGUUAAUGAUGUUUGUGGCAUAAUAUCUCAUGUUCGAUAACCAGCCAGAUAACAUUCAGCUGUCCUAAACUAAAGAUUUCGGAGAAAUCCCGAGGUAUUGUCAGAGCCAGCUCGUCUGCCGUCCACCGUCUGCGUGCUAAAACCUUAACAUUGCUUCUAAAAUCAAAGUGCUUCCACCUAAAACUUUGAAACCUCAUAUGUAGCUGCACCUUGACAAGUUCUACACACCACACCCAUUUUCGGGUCACUAGGUCAAAGGUCAAGGUCACUGUGACCUCAUAUAUAAAACUUUAAUAUAGGCUCUAAAAUCAAAGUUCUUCCACUUACAACUUUGAAACUUCAUAUGUAGCUGCACCUUGACGAGUUCUACAUGCCACACCCUUUUUUGGUCCACUAGGUCAAAGGUUAAGGUCACUGUGACCUCUUAUAUAAAACUUUAACAUAGGUUCUAAAAUCAAAGUGCUUCCACCUACAACUUUGAAACGUCAUAUGUAGAUGCACCUUGAUCAGUUCUACAUGCCACACCCAUUUUUUGGUCACUAGGUCAAAGGUCAAGGUCACUUACCUUUCUUCCUUCUCUUCUUACAAGCUUUCAUUUAUUAAAAACUGCACCCACAGCCAAGCGUUGUCACCUGCUAUGCAGUGCUCUUGUUUUACAAUGCAGCUCUCGUGUUACAGCAAAUAUAGAUGAAGAAUAAUAGGGGAAGCUCAUAGUAUAUAAUGCAUUGGUUAUAUUUACAAAAUGACCAUUCCCAUUUAAAUAAAUCAAUCAUUUCAUCACUAGAUCAAGUUAAUUCAUUAGGAAAUGAUAGGCUUGAGGAAUAGUUUAAUCUAAACAAUAGAGCAUGCUACAAGAAUGUAACAAGCGCAGAUGUCUUGGUUUUCUGAUUUGUGUAGUUACAGACCUAUUGAAGCUUGUGAUUGGUUAACAUUAUUCAUUUUAAAUUUGCACAUAACAUUUUUAUGCCCCCGGAUCGAAUGAUCGGGGUUAUAUUGUUUUUGGCCUGUUUGUCUGUCUGUCAUUCUGUCCCAAAACUUUAACCUAAAACUUUAACCUUGGUUAAAGUUUUGCAAUAUUGAAUAACUUGCAAUAUUGUAGAUAGCAACUUCAUAUUUGGCAUGCAUGUGUAUCUCGUGGAGCUGCACAUUUUGAGUGGUGAAAGUCAAGGUCAAGGUCAUCCUUCAAGGUCAAAGGUCAAAUUUAUGGCUUCAAAGUGGCGCAAUAGGGGGCAUUGUGUUUCUGACAAACACAUCUCUUGUUGUAAAUGAUAUAUGUGUGAAAAGCUUUUAUUGUGCAUCAUUAUAUUAAAUUACUUGUGUAUUGUUUUAUACAAGUGAAGUGAAUGCUCUUGCCAAAAGCUACCUCCUAAAUAUAGGAAAGAUUUUCAUGAUUGGUCAAUAAAAACAAGAAAGAACCAACUAGAUCUAUAAAUAAUAAAUGUAGUUUUAUAAUAGAAUAUACCAGCUUAUAAGAAAUUCCUGAUCUAAACCAGGUAUGUGCAAUAUGUUGGAAAUCAGAGUUCAACAGACUUUGUUGUUUUGUAGAGUAUUGUGUACAUUUGUAUAGAUAUGUAUAUAGUGUGCAUUUUCAAAUGUUGCUCAUUUUAUUAUCAAACUAACCAUGUAUUGUAAAUCAAUAUUUUGCAAUUAAUGCAUAAUUAUAGACAUACUUAUUUUGCCAGAUUGUAUCUUGAGAUUAUGCACAAUUGAAAUAAAAUGUUAACUGUGCCAAACAUAUACUGAAAUACUACUGAUGUUUUUUUGUGGGUGCUAGAUUAAUGCAUAUGCUAAUCAAGACACUUACGUGAAGAUUUGUGUGUUCAAUACUCAACUAUUAAUUGUAAUAGUUAAUAGUAUAGUAAAAGGAUAAUAGUAACCUCCAUAAUAUUGUCUAACUCUGAUGGUCUAAUUGGUUUACACAUCUUCACAUGCCAGCUUUACACUUUUAAUUUAUGGUGAAAUAAUCUUUUAUUGGUUUGCAUAUGAUAAAGCGUUUUACCCUUGUUACAUUGACAAUUAUAUUCAUUAUGCAUCAUAGUUUGCUGUUACACUGUUAUUGUGAACACAAAAUUUGACCUAUUGACUUCAUUUUACAGAUCUUGCUGUUAUAUAUUAUACAAGGUCAAGUUAUUUUACAAUUUGGAGCAAAGUAUUGACAGUACGGAUUGCAUUUUAUAUCUGCAUAAGGAAUACAUGAACGACUUGCUGUUUAAUUACAGAACAAGCAUUAUACCAACAGGGAGCAUUAUUUGGUAUUUUCUGGGGUCACAAUGUAAGACUUGAUUUUGAAGCGGAUUUUAAAAUCCUAUCAUAGGGUAAACACUUGUCUUUCAUGAUUGUGGCAGUAUGUGAGACAGUAGUAAGUUGUAUUGUAUACAAAAUACAUUUAUUCAAAAAGUUAUCUGUUGACUGUUGUUGUAAAGCUGUAGUGGCAUAUUAAUUAUAUGUGAACUAUUUACACAUUUGGAUUUAUCUGACCAUUAUAACCUAUAAUGUUCUUACUUUAUAGAAAGUAUCUGAAAAUAUGAAAUCAAGGCUAGACUAAAACCAUGCUACAAUACAAUUCUUAUUGUUUGAGGUUUGUGGAGUGGAAUUUGAUUGUUUUAUGAAUGAAAUAUGUUUCCUGCUUAAAAUGAUAUGUUUUGUUGCAAUAAUUUGUUGUUUGAUUAUUUUGAUAUGAACAACUUUGUACGAGAUUUUUAUGCCAUAUAAAAUGUGCAUUCCAGUAAUAAAGCCAUGAAAACCCA